AUGAAGGAAGUGGUCAGGGCAGAGAUACUCAAGUUAUUGGAUGCAGGAAUUAUCUACCUAAUUUCAAAUAGUGCAUGGAUCAGCCCUGUUCAAGUGGUACUGAAAAAAGGGAGAAUCACAGUGGUGAAAAAUGAGAAGAAUGAACUAAUUCCCACCAGAAUAGUUACGGGUUGGAGAGUUUGCAUUGACUAUCACAAACUGAAUGCAGCUACACGAAAGGAUCACUUCCCACUCCCAUUCAUUGAUCAGAUAUUGGAGAGAUUGGUUGGACAUUCACACUACUGCUUUCUUGAUGGAUAUUCGGGCUAUAAUCAGAUACCUGGGCACGCUGGGUUCUACCGGAGGUUUGUAAAAGAUUUCUCGAAGAUCACUAAACCUUUGUGCAAUUUGCUAAUGAAAGAUGUAACCUUUGAGUUCAAUGAGGAUUGUCUCACAGCCUUCAACACUUUAAAGGAAAAGCUUACGACAGCACCAGUAAUUGUAGCACCAGACUGGGAAUUGCCUUUUGAAUUGAUGUCAUACCUCGUCGGGUCUAAAGUCAUCGUCUAUACUGAUCAUGCUGCAUUGAAGUAUCUGCUCACAAAGAAGGAUGCAAAGCCGAGAUUAAUUCGUUAG